CUGAAAGCUAGAGAAAAGCGUAAAGGAGCCUGAAGAUUGACUUGUAACUCUGGGAACUGCUUAAAAGAAGAUAGAGUGCCAGAGAAGACCUUUGAAGUGUGAAAAUUUCUGAAGCUGAAACCAAAAUGUCUUUUAUAGAUCCUUAUCAACAUAUUAUAGUGGAGCACCAGUACUCCCAUAAAUUCACAGUGGUGGUAUUAAGAGCCACUAAAGUGACUAAGGGGACUUUUGGUGACAUGCUUGAUACUCCAGACCCAUAUGUGGAGCUUUUCAUCUCCACCACCCCUGAUGGCAGGAAGAGAACAAGACACUUCAACAACGACAUCAACCCUGUGUGGAAUCAGACCUUUGAGUUCAUUCUGGACCCUAAUCAGGAAAAUGUUUUGGAGAUCACAUUAAUGGAUGCUAACUACGUCAUGGAUGAGACUCUAGGGACAGCAAUAUUUCCCAUAUCUUCUAUGAAAGUGGGGGAGAAGAAAGAAGUUCCAUUUAUUUUCAACCAAGUCACAGAAAUGAUUCUGGAAAUGUCACUUGAAGUUUGCUCAUGCCCAGACCUACGAUUCAGUAUGGCUCUGUGUGAUCAGGAGAAAAUUUUCAGACAACAGAGGAAAGAGGUCAUAAAGGAAAACAUGAAGAAACUCUUGGGCCCAAAGGAUAGUGAAGCAUUGUACUCCACACGUGAUGUACCUGUGGUGGCCAUACUGGGCUCAGGUGGGGGUUUCCGGGCCAUGGUGGGCUUCUCUGGUGUGAUGAAGGCCCUGUACGAAUCUGGAAUUUUGGACUGUGCUACCUACAUUGCAGGUCUUUCUGGCUCCACAUGGUACAUGUCAACUUUGUACUCUCACCCUGAUUUUCCAGAGAAGGGGCCAGAAGAAAUUAAUGAGGAGCUAAUGAAAAAUGUUAGCCACAACCCACUCUUACUUCUUACCCCACAAAAGAUUAAGAGAUAUGUAGAGUCUUUAUGGAAGAAGAAAAGCUCUGGCCAGCCUGUCACCUUUACUGACAUCUUUGGGAUGCUAAUAGGAGAAACACUAAUUCAUAAUAGAAUGAACCUUACUUUGAGUAGUCUGAAGGAGAAGGUCAGUGCUGCGCGUUGUCCUUUGCCUCUUUUCACUUGUCUCCAUGUCAAACCUGAUGUAUCGGAGCUGAUGUUUGCAGAUUGGGUUGAAUUUAGUCCAUAUGAGAUUGGAAUGGCUAAAUAUGGUACUUUUAUGGCUCCUGACUUAUUUGGAAGCAAAUUUUUUAUGGGCACAGUUGUGAAAAAAUAUGAAGAAAACCCCUUACAUUUUUUAAUGGGUGUCUGGGGAAGUGCCUUUUCCAUAUUGUUCAACAGAGUCUUGGGAGUUUCUGGUUCACAAAAUAAAGGUUCCACCAUGGAGGAGGAAUUAGAGAAUAUUACAGCAAAGCAUAUUGUGAGUAAUGAUAGCUCGGAUAGUGAUGAUGAAUCCCAAGAACGUAAAGGUACUGAAAAUGAAGAUGCUGAAAAGGAAUAUCAAAAUGAUAAUCAAGCUAGCUGGGUCCAUCGUAUGUUGAUGGCCUUGGUGAGUGAUUCUGCUUUAUUCAACACCCGGGAAGGGCGUGCUGGGAAGGUGCACAACUUCAUGCUGGGCUUGAACCUGAAUACAUCUUACCCACUGUCUCCGCUGAGAGAUUUCACCACACAGGAAUCCUUCGAUGAUGAUGAUGAGCUGGAUGCAGCUGUAGCAGAUCCUGAUGAAUUUGAGCAAAUAUACGAGCCACUGGAUGUCAAAAGCAAAAAAAUUCAUGUGGUAGACAGUGGGCUCACAUUUAACCUGCCCUAUCCCCUGAUCCUGCGGCCCCAGCGGGGGGUGGAUCUCAUCAUCUCCUUUGACUUUUCUGCAAGGCCAAGUGACACUAGCCCUCCAUUCAAGGAACUUCUCCUUGCAGAGAAAUGGGCUAAGAUGAACAAGCUUCCUUUCCCAAAGAUAGAUCCGUAUGUGUUCGAUCGGGAAGGACUGAAGGAGUGUUAUGUCUUUAAACCCAAGAAUCCUGAUGUGGAAACAGACUGUCCAACUAUCAUCCACUUUGUGCUAGCCAACAUCAACUUCAGAAAGUACAAGGCUCCAGGUGUUCCAAGAGAAACCCAAGAAGAGAAAGAAAUAGCUGAUUUUGACAUUUUCGAUGAUCCCGAAUCACCAUUUUCGACUUUCAACUUUCAAUAUCCAAAUCAAGCGUUCAAAAGGCUCCAUGACUUGAUGCACUUCAAUACCCUGAACAACAUUGAUGUGAUAAAAGAUGCUAUCAUCGAAAGCAUUGAGUACAGAAGACAGAAUCCAUCUCGUUGCUCUGUUUCCCUCAGUAAUGUGGAAGCAAGAAAAUUUUUCAACAAGGAGUUUCUAAGUAAACCCACGGCGUAGUCUGAGUGUGGGAAGAUCAGCCUUUCCUAAUGCUGACGGUUACCUGUAAUUCCAUGACAACUGGAUUUAAAAGCACAGAUUGGACUGAACCUGAGAAAUUGGCUAAAUCUGCAGCUGUUCAUCCAUAUGGAAAUAAUGCUGUUACAAGUGGUGAGGUUGAUAAGUGGUGUGAAUCAUAUAGCACUGUAUUUAGUAACCAGUUACUGCCAGUAGGAAUUUCCUGAUAUCAAUUGUAGUUUUAAAUAUUUCUUACCAAGCUUCCUUGUUCCUUUCUCUUGUGUCUUGAUGUAGUUUUCUUUUCAAAUUAUUUAAUGGUUGAAUUUCAGUAAGUAAGGUUUC